AUGGCGACUCCAGCAUCGUCGUCACUCUUUUCACGACUCACUACUGCCUUCAGGCUCCUAUCUCUCCGUAGCGACAUCGACAACAUCAUCCUCGAGCUCCUAGGCCAGUUCUCGCUUGAAAAGAUAUACGCGGAGGGCGACAAGGAGACGUACCAGAACCUGGUCAUCACGCUGCUUGCCCAAUUGAACACGAUACUCAACGUGCAGCGCCUGACACUGCCCUCGGAGAACUUGCAGGUGGGAUGGUAUCUGGGGUUCCUCGCGAGCUGGGAGGUGACGUUGCGAGCGGUUGAGUUUGUGCUUCAAGUGGUAGUUGAAGGAAGAGAGAGCCUGUGGGAAACUCGGCUGCUGAGGGAGAAAUAUUUAGCGGAGUUGCUGCUAAAUGCGCUGCGUUUCCUCACGCUUCACCCUAAAGUCCCGUCAUCACGCGCAAAAGAACGCAGAGAUCGAUUUGCACGCAUCCACAGGCAAUUGGAACAGAUAUUUGAUAGCUAUCCAGGUCAGGAAUCUUUUCUCCUCCUGGUCUGCAGAGAGAUCACCGACUCUCUGCGGACGGAGCCGAAUGGGCUUGCACUCCCGCCGAGGUUGAGGGUGGAACUCCCAAACUUGGCAUCAGAACUGUAUCCUCUGGCCGAAUGCCUUUCGUCUCAAUAUGUGGCUGCCCUUGUACCACAAGAUGGACCCCCUGCAAACUGGCUGGUCCAAUUCCUUGCCUUACGAGACAUAUCCCAAUUUGUGGUAGGAGCGUCUGUUCAGUAUGUGAUGAAGAGGGAGACUCGCGAUGUACGUCUUCAGUCUUCCUCGGCCAGAACGCGGAAUGCAGUUUUGCACGCUUUGGAAAACUUGCGGAUGCCGGGUCAUUUAUCCAAAUUCGACCUGGUGGCCACGUUCAGUGACACCUUUCGAAUUAUUCUUCCAGACACAUUGAAUCUUGGGCGGCGGAGCUCAUCCGACUGCGAUGAGUUUGAAAUUGAUGCGAUUGAUCUUUUGUGUACGAAGCUCAGUGAUCGACAAGUGCUGAACCGUGUGAGUGAUCACGAACUGAGUCGCAGCAUCUCCGAAGUCACAAGAAAUAUCGCCCUCCUCGAUGAUCCAAGUGGUCAAUUUCGGUCAGCACGUCCUAGACUAUGGGUUCUCAACUGUCAGAAAGGGCAUAUUGUAGGAGAAACACAAUUGAAGGCCGCAGAAAAUAUGAAUUUCCCGGCGGACCGAGAAGGGACCAAAGUAGUUCCACUUCCACCUCAUGCCAAAUGUAUUCAUUGCGGUGGAGCAGCGACCAUAGCUCGUGAAGUGUCGCUCGCCAGACAUGCAUGGGAACACCUUAAACCCCUCGAAUCUAACGCGGAUACUAUCAACGUGGAGCGGCAUUUGCCAACGCAAUUCCAGCUCUCUCCUCCACGGAUGGAUACAGGCAUGCCAUUUCACGUCGGAUAUGGCAAUAUCCUCAGCGGAGAGGGCUCGCGGAUCCAGGACCCCGAACAUCCCUACUCACCCACUGCCAACCGGUCGGUAUUCCCUGGUUCGAUAUCUUCUGACAGGGCAAAUCUCCUCCCUCAAUCUCUCGUUUCUCCACAGACACCGCAUUCUCCAAAAUCCCGUCUCAAGUCCGACACACCUUAUGCGGAACAUGCUCCAUCCGAGGAUCUUACGUCUAGCGAUGGUUUAGGCUGCACCGACCCGCUAAAAACAAGUGAGGUUCCUCGAUGGCCCUCGUCUGGCGCCGUGGAGACCCCUAUUUCGCCCAAUUUUUCUCGGGGAAGUCAGUCCCGACUGCAGUCCAUCUCGAACGUCUCAUUUGAGCCCGAAGCAUUGAUGAAAAGUCGCACUGUUCCAUUGGUUGCUCCACCAGAGAAAGGCAAGUCAAGAUGGAGGUCCAAACUAACUGGAUCGAGGAGAGAAGUUCCAAAACCCGCAACAAGAGAUUCAAGUUCGCUUUCUUCAACAACGCUGGAGUCUCAGAGACUCGAGGAAUUCUCAUUGAAGAGUUUAGCAUCCAGUUCGAAGGUGUCUAGUCGAGGGAAAAGUGGGAAAAGCAUAAAUGUCUAUAUUUCCCAGAAUUCGACGUACGCUCUCUUUUGGACCCAAGCCGCCAUCAAUAUAUGGGAUAUCGGCAAUUCGUCGCCACUUCUAGGUCGCGCAAUUUCUACAGAGAGCAAUUGUGUGCUUGCGGCAGUUACCAGGGUGCAUUUGGCUUAUAUCAUUGGAACCAGGGACCAAAAGCUCACGCUUCGCAUUGUAAAUCUCAUUCAAACCACGGUACCUGCCAUCGAGUACCGCAUGCCCUCGUCGCCGUGGUGCAUCAGCAUGACCAUCUGCCCCAAAGAAAACCAAGUCGUAGUAGGAUUCGACAACUCCAUCGUCCGUUUCUUCAAGACCACAAACUCAGAAGAGCCCCGAGAGGACCGUCUCCACAGUCGCUUCCACAAGGACUGCAAAAACUGCCCCGCAGUCGACACCGUCUCCUUUUCCCACGACGGUCUCGUCCUCCUCGCAAGCACCCGAACUCGUGGUACAAUACAAAUCUACUCAUGGCGAUUUCCAUUCAUUGAUUUCCAAGAACUCGCACCGUGCAGAUACCGCGUUCCACUCCACGAGUCGGAAGACAACGGAACUUCUUCAGCAAUCUUCAGAUCGGGCAUGGGGAAUGAAGAGGACCUGAUUUGUGUCACGACCUGGACGCAAUCCGGGAUUCCAGUCCUAAUACAGCCUCACGAUGGACACCGAACCGAAAUCAGAACCGAAGCCUCCACACACCAAGGCAAGUUGGGAAGCCGAAUCCAGUAUGCGGCGUUCUCACCCACUGGACGAGAACUCGCGAUGGUAAACGACAAAGGAUAUCUAUACAUCAUCUCAAAUCUAAAUUCCAAUCCGUUGGAAGUCAAAAGGAUUGCAACAAGCAAGGAGCUUACGACGAAGUCGGAUUGGUUCGCGAUGGAGUUUAUGAGUUUCCCGGGUGAAGAGGCGAUUGUUCUGGCUUGGGCGGAUUCUUCGAAGGGGUUGGGGUAUGUGAAGAAGAUUCCCGUGAAGUAUAGUAGUGAGGGCCUCGAUUUCCCGAUGAGCCCAUUGACGCCAGCUGCCUCCCGGUCAACACAGCGAUAUGAAUUGCCGAGCGAGGGGAGAGAGAUCCAAAAACAGCCCGUUGAACUUACCGUUACCGAAGUCCCCGCAGUCCCCGCUCCUCUCAAUAUCAUCAAGUCGUACUCGAAAGAAAACGACUCGUAG